AUGUCUUCGCAUUCGCUAGAUGAAGGGAAUAUAGGCAAGAACUUGGCUAAUCUGCGACUGGACGCUGCUGCGGUUGCUGACGGUGUUCAAACGGACGGCAGUGAUGGUACCCGGUCCGUCCGGUCAGACGUGCACAGGCAUCGGCAUCAUCACAAACACAAGCAUGUGCAGGGCACGGAGGCACUGGACCCGGAUUCUGGGAUCGUUCAGAAUCAGGAUAGGGUGUUGAACCAGGCAAUACUACAGCACGCCAUUAAAAAGGAUAUGAAGCGCAAGAGGAACGACUCGAACGCAAGUGGGACGGCCGCCGCAGUGCUCCAUAACCACCGCCAGCAGCAACAACAAGAGGAGAACGUCGAAGGUCCCACCCUUGUAGGGGCGCAGACUGGUGCUGCUUCCGGUGAGAUGUCUGCCACAGCGGCAAUAAUGCUGAAAUUGUACGGGGAUAAGAACCAGCUGGCCCACGAGGUGCACGAAGCGCGUGAAGUGCACGAGGUGAAGUCCGCUGCAAGUAACGUUAGACUACCGGAAGUGAAAAAGAUCAAGAAGCCGUUACCAGAGAAAGAAACAGAGAAGGUGAGGACUCAAGUUGCUGCUGCAGACGAACAGUUCUCCAACUUCUCGGACUUUGAAAACGAAAACGUAAGAGUCAUUUUGAAAUGGAGGGACCCGCAAUUGCAACCAUACCAAGGGACGGGCGCCGCCAUAAAGAGCCACGACAUAUACUCCACCUUGAGGGCUAUUAAAUCAGAAUUGAUCACACCGGAAAGGGAAAAUAAGGAGGACCUUCUGUAUCUGGAUUACGAUGCCAAGAAGAAGGACUGGUUCGUGCCUGACCUGUACUUACCCCCAGGCAUUUACAGGUUAAAGUUCCUCAUAAACGGCAUGCUACUGCAUUCGAAUUUUUUGCCCACAGCAACUGACGCGGCCGGUACCAUUGUCAAUUGGUUUGAAGUUUUACCAGGGUACGAAACCAUCGAACCGUACCGUGACGAGAGCAUGAUUGGGCAAGACGACGAAUCGAUCGACUCGCAGCCGUACAAAUCAACCACUGAUGUGACAGACUACGCGGGGAUCUCCAGAUCAAGCUCUGUGGUAUCCAAACAUUCCAAGUCCAAUUUGAGGUUGCCGAACUUGCACAUUACUUCUUUGAACAAGGAAAGCUCGGCGAGUGUUAAUGAAGCUAACGAAACUAAUGAAGGCAACGACAUACAGCUGCUACCUGAACCAAAAUACGAGUACUCGACAGAGAUCCCUGAACUGUUCCAAUUUGACGAUGUUAACACGCGGAAAACGAACGAUAUCAAAGAGGUAAGAAAGGAGAGCAAGCUAGAGACGCUCUACCCGAACGGGAAAUUUGACUUCACACUAGCAAGAGUCGUUAACUCAAACCAGGAUGCCCUCUUUGCCAGUAUUCAAAAAAUUGGAAAAAUGACCACAGAGGAGGCAGAGGAAUACUUUCUAACGAAGUUCAAAGUCUCUGACCUCCCCAUCUACUUGAACUCGACGUACUUGAACAAAAACUUUAGUGGAGAGGUCAAUCACAUUAUCCCACAUGUCAACUUGAGACACCUUUUAACGACAUCCAUUAAGGAAGACAUCAUCUGUGUCGGUUGCACAACGAGAUACGCGGGGAAAUUCAUAACUCAAGUCAUUUACGCACCAUGCUCCUACGACAAACAGUAA